AUGAACGCGCCGCCGAUACAGUACCCGUACAAUUACACCGGCCAGUCGCAGUACCCGCAGUACAGUUACGGGCAACACGAGGAUUACAAGGCGCCCUACACGCCGCAGUACCACGGGAACUACACGUAUCCGACCCCAAUCAAAGAAGAACCGACGUUUCCCAACUGCCGAUACUACCAAAACCAGCCGGCUUAUCCAACCUACAGUGCCGAUUCGACCAUAAGCGAUUCCGCGAACCCUCAGCUACCAGACCUUGCUAGUCUCAAUCAUUACAACGAAUACCGCCAGUAUUUCCAACCCUCAAAACAACCGGAAGACGCCCGGCGAAAGGAUGCGUGUGCCGAUAAGACCAGCGAUAGUGAACCGUCGUCUCUACGCGCCCUUCUCAGCCUACCUGCCGGCAAGAAAAUCACGUAUGACUACCGGGAGAUCCAGCAGGGCCGCGAGGUUAGUAGGGGAGGUCUGAGUCCGGGUGCCGCGGCCGCUUGUUUCGCGAUCGAGGAUAACAGUGUGAGCAGGGACGCUAACGAUCUGGAUUGUGGUCUGAACGGUUCGCGGGAGUUCGCGGAAGACGAGGAUGGUAAGAUGGGGACGGAUUUUGGAUGUGGGGUUGCUAAGGAUGGACAGAUGAUUGAGGAGACCGUGCCUCAGGGAUGUUUCUACCCGUGGAUGAAGAGCAAUGAAACCAACUUUGCUGGGAGCAAGCGAACAAGACAAACCUACACCCGAUACCAAACCCUGGAGCUGGAAAAAGAGUUCCACUCCAACAAGUACCUCACUCGUCGACGAAGGGUAGAAAUAGCCCAGGCCCUAUGUCUCAGCGAGAGGCAGAUCAAGAUCUGGUUCCAGAACAGAAGGAUGAAGGCGAAAAAGGACGCCAAAUACCUACCAGUGUCCUCGGAUUACCAGAUGACCGAAGAUUUCACCCUCAACCCCAACUUGUUCGUGAAUAGUCCAUCGGAAACUCCAGAAUAUGCCGGAAAAGCGGAGACUUCAACGUUGGGUGAGGAACGUAACCUAUAUGGGGAAGCUCUUGUUCAUUCUUUAGCGCACCGGAUGGGAUGA